AUGAGUUCUGAUCUAUAGAAUUAAUAUGAAAAUUUUAAGAAAAUAAUGAAGAAAGCUGAUUACAAAGAAUAAUUUGCAUUUGAAUAUGUUAAAGAUAAUAACCCAACUUUUUUUUUGAGAAUACUCCACUAUAUUUUAAUUGAAUACAAUUAAAACUUUUAUAAAUGUACCUAUUGCUUAAGAUUGUUUGUUAGCCUUAGUAGAUAAAGGAUAUGAGUUGUAUUCCAAAAAUGAUUUGAGAUUCACAGAAUAAGUUUUCAAGAUGCUUCAAUUAGAAUUUAAUUAUAAGUCAUCAAUUAAUAUUGCUUAGUUUUUGUCAGAGCAAUAUUUAGAACACAAAUUAAUUUUAAUAAAUGAUAUUUUUAAUGAAGUAUUUUAAAGAACAAAAAAAGAAAAAAAAGUGAAUGUGAAUUUAUUUAAAGGAUAAGAAAAUAGUUCAUAUAUAUAAAACACAUAAAAAUUAUAAGAAUCAAAUAAUAAAUAGAAAGUUUAAGUAUUUGUACAAAAAGAGAGUUUUUAGAGUGAAGAUGAUGAGGAAGACAUAGAAUAAAUAAAAAGACCAGAACCUUAUAAAAUAAGUUAAUAAAAUGAAUUGAUUCCAAGAAUGACAUCUUGCAAUUAAGAACAAUUUUAAUAAUUAGAAUAAUAAUUCAAUUAUACAUAACAAUAUCAAUAAUAACCAUCUCCUCCUCAAUCUGAUGAGAAGAAUGAUUAUUAAAAUGAAAUGUAAGUUUAAUAAGUAUUCAAAUAAAAAAUGAAUUAAGUUUAAGUUUAAUAAAAUCCUACAACUUAAUUAAAUAAUUAAGUUCAAUAAUAAAAUUGUGUGACUCAUCAAGAUCUAUAAAAAUUGAUGUAAGUGAUUAUGCUUAGUAAUGAUAAUAUUAAGUCAAUUAUGCAAAAAUUUUCAGAAUUAUAGACAACAGUUAAUAUAGCUUUAGCAAACUUUGAUCAGAGAUUGACAAGAUUGGAAUUAAAAAUUCGUGAUUAAUGA